AUGGCGGCAUCCACUUCUUAUCGCAGAACGCUCACGGGCCUCGUUCGAGAUCUUUCGCUAGCAUCCUCGUCAACCACUGCGUCUGCACAGUCGUCAAUAGCUGCACGAUGCUUCUCGGCCUCAGCAAGCACGGCUAACCAGGCCUCUUCUUCGUCUGCGAGACAGUCUGUUUACCCAUCAUCCUCCUCGACAUCUUCGUCUACCGCUGCAUCCUCUCCCAGGUCCUCGUCCAAGACUGUGAUAAGGACAAUCCCCAUUUCGUCUCCUUUCCUCGACAAGCCCAUGCCCUUGGGCUUUCCGUCAGACACUCUUCGAGCUUUCCCGUCGUUACUCCACUUUGCCGACCCCGUGCUGGAUCCUCAUCCCGACAAUGUGAUCCGAUCCACACCCACCACCUCGACUCCCUAUCCUUCCACCGUCACUAUACUCAACGAGCCACGCAUGUUUGAGCCAACACCUCCCUCGGCCGACUCGCUGGUUCUCUCUUCGGUCUCGGACGCAGACGAAGUCAACUUGGAACAGUACCUAUCCACCGUGACGCCGCUCUCGGUGCACGAGGUGCGCAAUCUGCAUCGUCACGCCAUCGUGCUCAAGCGUGUCGUACACAUGACCACCAAGGGCAAAGACGCCAGCAUGUACGCACUCGUUAUUGCAGGCAACGGUAAAGGCCUCGUUGGCUACGGCGAGGGCAAGGACACCAACGCAUCCAAAGCAGGUCGCAAAGCCUUCAACGCGGCCGUCAAGAAUCUCGACAGCGUCGCCAUUCACAAGGGCAGCGACGGCUCACGUACCGUCGAGACACAGCUCGAAGCAAAGUGGGGUGCUAGCCGCGUCGUCUUGCGACCGCGACCCGCCGGCUUUGGGCUGCGCGUUCCACCAGUCAUCCACGCCAUCUGCCGUUCAGUGGGCAUCACCGACCUCAGCGCCUCGAUCUACGGCUCCACCAAUCCAGUCAAUGUGGUCAAGGCGGCGCUGCAGAUCUUGUGGGGUGGUGCGGCUCCGCUCGGAAUGGGCGACGGUGUUGGUGGCCAGAUGCGUCGCAAAGACAAGGGCAGAGGCAUGCGAGGACGCCUCGACAUCGAACGCAGCCGAGGUCGCCGCAUUGCUCAAGUCAACAUGGCCAAGUGA